CGCGCCAGGUAAAAAGACCUCGUGGGAGACGAUAAAAAAAAAAUUAGCAUCAGGAGAUUUGGACCAGGUAUUUCAUCACCAAGUGAAGAUGGAAAGAAAGAAAAGAAAGGAGGUGAGCGCGAUUCAGGGGGCGGACUUAGCCUUAGGAGGGGUCUUGAGUAAUAUGGCGGCUCAGCUCAAGGAGAUGAAGGAGCAAAUGGCACCAGGGAAGGUAAUGGCGGUCGGUCAGGCAACGAACAAAAGGAGAUAUGGAGGAGAUGAUGAAGAGGAUAAGGAAGAAGAGGAAGAAGAGUCGGAACAGACCACCAAGGCUAAAACAACCCAGAAGAAGAUUAAGAAUCAACCAACGAGAAAACAAGGAACUGACAAGGUGCAGAAUCCGCAACAAGCUAGGACGUCAGAAGCACAAGCUCCCGCGACCCAACUCGCCCCAUGGCCGGUUGUGGCUCCUAUGGGGAAUAAGAACAGAGCAGAUGGGUUGAGCAGGAUAAAAUGGGUACAACCUGGGGAAGCUAAGAAAGAGAUGUCACCGGUAGACGGAUUCUUGGAAGAGGAUGAUAUGCAACUUCACGUCAACGCGUGGGCCUUGAAAGUCAAGGAUGAUGGGGUGCAAGAGGGAAGACCUAUGUGGUUCGCACCCACGACUUUUGUGAAGGAUGAAAGGCCUAAUCCUGUAAAAAGGAGCAGCGAUGACACGGAAGGGAGGAGUGGCGGUGCCUUCCAGGCCAGCUUCUGGCAGGGAACGACGACAGGGAUCACGCGGGUAACCAGGAAUGCAGAUGGAAUGCCGAUCUACAAGAAGGGGGACAAUUUGAGGUUGUUCCUGAGGGAGUUCGAGGAUCACGCGUUUGGGAGGAAAUGGGACACCCCGAUCAUGUUGCAGAAGGUGAAUGGUGUGGUGGAAUGUCAGUUGAAGAUUGAGGAGAUUACCACUGACUGCCUGGGUUGGAUGACGUUUAAGACAGAGAUGUGGACUGAAUAUGGAGACUUGAGGAGAGAUGAGAUCGAGGAGGAUAUCACCUUCGAUGAGACUAAUGUGGAGGAUUUUGAGGAGAGUAUUGCUCUGUGUGCAGAAAAUAAAGAGUGGAAUGAGAAGGAGAAACUGGAACAGGGGGAAGCCGAGAUAGAUGAAAAAUUGGAAGGAACAGGAAAGAGCCAGAGAGGGAAUGACAAGGAUGGAAAGAUGGAGGUUUCAAUUAAAGGACUCCAAGAAAGGGUAAAAGAGAAGGAGGAGUUACUCACUCAUGGAGUAGCAAGUCACAUCCCUGAGAUCAUGAAAGAUGCACAAGUGGAAAAGAUGGAAAAAGAAGUGGAAAGCAUGAGGGUUGAAAUGAGCAAGGUAAAGGAAGAACAACAAGAGCUCAAGAAGCAAGUGGGGUUGUUGAACAUUGCCUUGGGUAGUAAGAACAAGGAAGUGGAGAAAAAGAAGGUUGAACGAGAAAAGUUGGAGAGGGAAGUUGGCAAGCUGGAAGGGAAGGUCAAUAAGCAGGAAAAGAAGAUGGAGGCUCUUAGGAAGGUUAGUCAAGAAGGAGAAACAGAGAUGCCUACGAAAAUAGCUGAAUGGAACGACGAACUGAGAUUUGAGAUCAGGAGUGUAACAGAGACACCUCAUGCACCAGGAUAAGGCCCAGGGGGAGCAAGCAGAGAAGUAUUGGGACAAAGAGGGGAGAACAACGAUCAACCUACUGUCAUUCCAGCUUCUGCUAACAAUUUGGUUGAAAUACUAACAUCUGACACUGUUGUAAAUUCUUCUUAGGAAGGUGAAUCAGGAGAUAGUAAAAAGGGACCUUGUUC